GGCCAAGGGGCCGUUUAUAUGCGACAACAUCAUGGAGGAGCCAACUCGUUAGGACCAAGCAAGAUGAUGUAUCAAUCAGUAUACCGCCCGUCUAUAAUGACGUGGAUCAUCCUUUUCUCCUGCAUUGAUGGAUGGGCGAAAGGAUCGGCCCUGGUGCAAUCAGAUAAGAUCGGUGAACCUCGUGGAAUCAUAAUCAUUUUAACUAGUCAACCGACUAACACCCUCGAUCGGACAUCCUGUGGGAACUAUAUAUUCGCGCGGUAGGUAGCUGCUAAUCCAGGGGUUCGUCGACGCAAGCGCUGCAUUAGCUGGUGAUGAUCUGCCUGAUCGAGUUGGCUUGUUUCGGUAGCGCUGUUAUAGCGCCAUUUGUAUACCACGGAGGAUAUCAAAGAGAGGGAAGCUUUACAUCACCGAGUCAUA